GGAUUUCAGUUAAUGAUAGCUGCACAAAGCACUUUGUCCUUCUCUCCAUAUGUGAAUUCAUUCCACUUGCUGGGAUAUUCCUGUUCCUCCCACAGAAAGGACUCCAGAACAACUGCAGCUCCCCAAAAACCCUGCAGUAAUUUGGGCUUAGGCCACAGAACUGCCCCGAAGUCACCCUGACUGAAGUAACCCAGAUUCUGAGUGAAACGAGGGGAGAAAUGUUGGGGGCUUUGCGAUUCACAGUGCCACUGCCAUCACUGAAACGUGAGACCAAGCUCUUGGCGUUGUGCUGAGAGUCAUAGGGAGUCAUUCCAGCUGUAUGCCCAGCCGUUCCCUUAGGUUCAGCUGAAUUGUCUCUCAGUACGCUUGUGGGGUUUUUUUUUUUCAUGUGCGUGUGUGGUUUUUUUAAUCACUUUUUAACAAAAACAAGCGACGAAAGCUGGCUGGGCUGCUCUCAGCAUUGGCCGGAGCCGCUUGGGCCCUCCCUGCGGCCGCUGGAAGCCGCGAGCAGCCCGGGGCCGGCUUCUUGGCCAGACGCUGCUGAUUAAAGCCGGGUGUCGGGCCGAGUCAGUCAGUCCCGCUCAGCUCAGCGCUCGGCAUGGCGCUGCGGGCAGCCUGCCUGCUGCUCUGCCUCGUCUCCCUCGCCCACGUCUCCGUCCAGCAGAACGGCAAGGGCAGGCAGAAGCCGGCGGCCUCCAAGAAAGAUGGUGUGAGCCUCAAAAUGAUUGAAGACCUGAAGGCCAUGAUUGACAACAUCUCUCAGGAGGUUGCUCUACUGAAGGAGAAGCAAGCACUUCAGACAGUCUGCCUGAAAGGCACCAAAAUUCACCUGAAGUGCUUCCUGGCGUUCUCUGAGAGCAAGACAUACCACGAAGCCAGCGAGCACUGCAUCUCGCAGGGCGGCACGCUGGGCACGCCGCAGGGUGGAGAGGAGAACGACGCGCUCUACGACUACAUGCGAAAGAGCAUCGGGAACGAGGCAGAGAUCUGGCUGGGCCUCAACGACAUGGCAGCUGAGGGCAAGUGGGUUGACAUGACGGGUGGCCCCAUCCGCUACAAGAACUGGGAGACCGAGAUCACCACCCAGCCCGACGGCGGCAAGCUGGAAAACUGCGCGGCCUUGUCAGGGGUGGCGGUGGGCAAGUGGUUUGACAAGCGGUGCAAGGAGCAGCUGCCCUACGUCUGCCAGUUCAUGAUCGUGUAGCGGGGCUCUGUCGAGCUGCAGGAUGGCUCCGUGCACGCCACACACCCGCACGCACCUCCACGUAGCGCCGCGACCGGGGCAGCCGCCAUGGCCUGGUAUCAGGUCGGAGCUGCGCUGCCUUUCACUUGGCUGCAUCCAGCCCCAUUUGCAUCCCUCUCCCUAUGGCAUGAUGUAUAGAUAUAUUUUUGUACACGGGGAACUGAUGAGGUGGUUUCGAUGAAGACCCGGUGUGACAGCCCUGCCUCAUCAAUGGCCACGUGGGCUGCCCGGGCUGCCUCUCCGCAGCCUCCAUUGCCACUUUGCUGAACCUUGCUGGGACACGGCAAUGCCAGCCUGUGCCUUCUCCUCUGGCUUUGCUCCCCUGCAGGCCCUGGCACAGGGAUCGGGAUCCUGUCUCAGAGCAGAGUGUGUUAUUUCUGCUUUGUGCUUAGAGCUGUUGGCCUUGUACCCAAGCACUGUUGGAGCUGUUGGCCCAGUGUCACGCUGCUCAAGGGGCUGGCAUGCUGAGAGGAAAAGUGUCUUUCCCACAAGCAUUCCCCUUUUUUUGAUCCUUUUCUCAUCAGUCAGAAGAAAGUGCUUCAUUUAUCUCAGUGAGGGAGCUAGCCCCAGCGACAGAUCUUUCAAAAUUCCUGCCAUAAGCUUUAUUUAUCCUCCUGUACCAUGCAGGAAGCAGUGAUCACUUGCAGUAUACUCAGUCAAAUAUAUUCUUGGGAGCAGGUGAAGGUUUUAGGUAAACAAAAAAUCUUCAACACUAUCUGGUAAUAUGCUACUCUAUAGAAGGCAGCUAGCUACCAAAAGUAAAUCCCAACAAGUCUGACUUUAGCCACUUCAGGAGUUUUAGGGCCUGCAUUAGUGAUGAAUUACUCCAGUCCUUGUUGGUCAAGGCCCAGUCCUCAGCAAACACAAAUGUGCUGAGUACCACGUGCGCUGGUAAAGCUGAAGACCUGGCCUUGGUAACUUUCUG